AUGCAGAACGGGAGCCUUGAGGACCAUUUGUAUCCAAAUGAUGGUCUAAGCCGUGUGAAUUUGAUACAAAUGGUCCGCAUUUUAAGCGAUGUGGCUGAAGGGUUAGCCUAUUUGCAUAACUAUGCUCCAGUUAAGGUGGCUCAUUGUGAUCUCAAACCGAGCAACAUUCUUCUCGAUGAUGACAUGAACGCUAUAGUUUCAGAUUUUGGGAUUGCAAAAUUGGUGCAAGAUCAGGAUCACGAGAAGAUCCCAAUGGCAUCUGGUGAGCCCCCUUCGGUUAGCUCGACAGAUGGAUUACUUUGUGGGUCAAUUGGUUACAUCGCUCCUGAAUACGGUAUGGGUAGGCGAGCAUCAACACAAGGAGAUGUCUAUAGUUUUGGGGUCUUGUUGUUGGAGAUGGUGACAAGAAAACGACCUACAAAUGUUCUUUUUGAUGAUGGUUCAAGCCUGCAUGAGUGGGUGAAAAGUCAGUACCCACACAGGCUUGAACCCAUUAUAAAAGAAGCUCUUUUGGCCUACGGACCGAUGUCGAGCAGUAGUAAACUACUGCACGAUAUGAUCUUGGAGCUGAUCGAGCUUGGGUUGAUAUGCACACAGUACAACCCCUCGACUCGACCGACCAUGGUGGAUGUGGCGCACGAGAUGGCUACAUGGAAAGAAUACCUAUUUAGGCCUUCGGAUCUAUCGACUGAGUGACUAUUUAGUUUCUAAAAGACUAACAUACUUAGAUACAUUUCAUUUAUGUUUAUUGGGGAUGUUUGAUUGUGCAUUAUAUAUUUACUGGUAGCUUGUGCAAAGAAAAGUUGUACUCAAAUUUUAGUGAGUGCAUGAUUGCAUCGCGUCAUGAACAUGGACCAUUUUUGCCGAGUGAUUGUAUGCCAAAAGAGACUAAUG